CGCGCCGUCUCGGGCGAAAGAGAGCGGCAUCGUGCGCGGUCGGUCAGUCGGCCGGCAGGCAGGCAAGCGGGCAUCAUGAGCGCAGGUCUGGGAGGGAUGACGGCGGAGCAGCUCUUGCAGCAGAGGCUCCUCCGGAGCCGCCUGCGAAGCUCGCAGCACGCGGGCCUGGGUAUGGGAGGCCCGAUCCCGCCGCCGCUGCUACAACAGCCUGGCCCGCCAUGCCUGCUCUCGCCUCCUUCGCCGCCCGACUCCCCGCCGCCCGGCACGACGCCCGCCGAGAUCCCCGCCGGCCCGCGUUACCCGAGCGAGACCUGGUGCUCCUUGUGCCGCGUCUACUGCCCGGAUCCUGUGUGCCUUCCCUGCGGGCACAACUUCUGCACCGCCUGCAUCGGGCAGCGGCUGGGCGAGCCCAAGAUCAACAUCUCCUGCCUGGAAUGCGGCGCCAGCGCCCGCAAGAGGAACCUCCGGCCCAUCAAGCCGCCGCCGCUGUUGGCCAACCUGGUGGUGGAGAGGCCCAAGCGGCAGAGGCUCGACUCCUUCACAGGGGUCGCGGCGGCGGCGGCGGUCGCCCACGCCCCCGCCGGCCACCCCUCCGCUGCUCCCUCUCGCGCCGUCCCCGGCCCCUCCCUCCACCCCGCCGCCGGCCCCUCUGCCCGUGGCCUCCCCGACCGGGAAAAGGGCGCCCAUCGCGCCCGUGGGAGUCGCUGGAGACGGGAUCGGCGAGAGGCUGUGCGAAAUCCACCAGGACGUGCUGCAGUUCUUCUGCGAGGAGGACCAGAUGCCCAUUUGCGCCCACUGCGACCGAUCCCAGGAGCACCGCGCCCACACCAUCUUCCACGUCCAGAGGGCAGCCCGGGAUUACAGGGAGCGAGUUAAGGCACAGUUAGAAACUCUGAAGCAGGAAAAGAAUAAUCUGUGGAGUCAGAAGCUGACAGGCGAGAAGAAAAUCCAAGAAUACACGGAAAAGGUUGAAACCGAAAGGAAGGACAUCGUCACUGAGUUUGAACAGUUGCAUCAAUUCCUGAAAGAACAGGAGGAACGCCUGCUGACCCAGCUGGAAGAGCUAGACAAAGACCUAGAGAAGCAGAAAGAUGACAUGAUGACCAAAAUCUCAGAAGAACUUUCCCGUCUUGGUGAUGUCAUCACUGAGAUGGAGGUGAAGUGCAAGCAACCGGCGAGUGAAUUUUUGCAGCAAACAUCCGAUGUUCCACCUCAGGGAUCACAGGACAUUAAAAAAAACAUGGACAGAUGCACCGCAGAACAGUUCCCGUCGGCUGAGGAAGCGACAUCCAAGCUGGCAGAGCGACUGGAGUUGUUGUCACGGAAAGGGGUGGUUCUAAAGGAAACUAUGAAUAAAUUUCAAGAUAAUGUGACAUACACCAUCGAGAGAACAGACACUAUGAAAUCACUGAAUGAUAAAGGAACUUUUGAUCUGGAUUUCUCAAGUGCUCUUCUGCCUCUGGACCAAAGAAAUGCAGGAGAUAGAGAAUCUCGGCACCGGCUGCCUGCCUUACAUUAUGUCCCUGACACCCCCCAAAGAUUGGAUUCCAGAGCUCUGGUUCUGGGCUGUGAUGGGUUCACCUCUGGGAGAUACUUUUGGGAAUUGGAAGUGGGCGAUGGGGAAUUCUGGGCAGUGGGGGUCACCCGAGAUCCUUCCAAGAAGAAGGGGAUGAUGGACUUUAGCCCAGAGGAGGGGAUCUGGGCUGUGGGGCUUUGGAAGGGCCAACACUGGGCCCUCACUUCCCCUGUUACGGCUUUGUCUCUGAGCAAAAACCCCAAAAGAAUCCGAGUGUCCUUGGACUACGUGGGGGAAUGUGUGACCUUUACCGAUGCAGACACGGAGGACCCCAUCUUCACGUUCCCACCAGCUUCCUUUAAUGGGACACGUGCCCAUCCUUUGCUGUGGGUAGUAGGUUUCCCAGCCCAGACUGUGUUUCUGAGGCGCAUGGGUGUAAAAUACCCAGUUGGGGUACAGGAAAUGGAUAUGAUGAGUCCAUAAGUUUAAGUAUCCACCGUACCCAGAAGAAAAAAUUACAGAUCACUAAACCUGCCAGCUCAGAGCAGGGUGUUGAGCCAUUUUGAUUUAAUGAAAUUGGAAAGAUUGAUUGUUUUAUUGCCGCCUUGUGUACCGUAGAAUGUGACAUGGAAGCAGAACGGCUCUCCUUGCACACCAAGGCCUUAAGACUGUUGCCCCUGGGGAACAAAGGAAGAAUUACAAAGAGCAGGGAGGCUGGCUUGGCCUUCCUGACAUAAUAUCCCUUUUAGGACAUCCUCUUUCACCAAGGGAUCAAGGUGACCCCUUCUUAGCGCUAGGCUCGAUCUUUUUUUUCAUUUUGAAAAAAAAAAGAAGAAAAUUAGCUAUUAAAUUUCCCAUUUUUAGUUCCUUCUCAAUCAGUUCAUAUUUUGCAUUUUGAUGAUUUUACUUUAAAAAUGGCUGCAUGUAUUUCGGCUGCAAUACCUAGCAGCAUGUAUUCCUUUGAAAGGAAAGGCUUUAACUCUGUCCUUUGUGCUGGAGAAAUGUUUUUGUUUGAGAACCAUACGUACAUUUUGGCCGCCCCUGGGUCAGAGAUCCUAAAUUGAAGCACUGAAGUCUUGGCAUCUAUGGCAGCUUUGACUGGACCGUCCUUCCUCUACAUCUGUAGGGUCUUCCCUUUUGCUGCCGUUCUCCGAAACUUGAUUAUAAUCUUCCCAGUCUUCAGUCUGAUUCUGGAGAUGAAAUGGACAGAUGUUUGUGCCAUAAUAAUAACCUGGAUGCUCUGGUUUAAUAGAUGAAAUGCAAUGUCUGAAAGAUAUGUAAAAGGAACCCUGGGGUUAUGGUUGAUGCCUACUGAAUAUACAAAUCAUAAUAAAGACUGUUAGUAUGUUCUUUGGUA